UCUACCUGUCGACAGGUAAAAGUCACCUUCCUGGGAGUCAGGCCUUGGCCGCUUGGAGCCAGCCCCUGCUCAAGAAAUAAUUAACCUCGGAUUUCUCGCAUUCCUGAGCAGCCAGCGUGGUAUGGAAGGAUGACCCCCGGCGUCCAGGUAAGCGGAGAGCAGACCUCAGAUAUGCAGCUGGCUGCUAGGGUGGCCCUCUCGGCCGCCGCCUUCCUCCUACUGACUUUGGCAUAUAGAUAUUACAAGUCUCGAGUGCCCUGCGGCAGCCAGCAAGGAGCCAGCGGGGAGAGAGGCAAGGGCAGCGAAGGCGCAGAGGGGACGGAGAGCAUGGUCUGCUGUAAGGAGGAAGAACUGCCCCCUGGACUGAGGCACCGGUGGGUCAACAACAAGGGUGAGAAGCCGAACCACAGAGCAGGGGGUAACCCGCCGCUUUGGGCACCUGGGCCUGCAGUCUUUGGGGAAUCUAGAGGGCAAGAUACACCUGCCUGCAGAGAGCCAGAUGGGGAAAGAGAGGUAAAGAAACAGGAGAAGGAGAGGAUGAGUCACCUGGGAAGCGGGCUGCCACCAGACAGAAAAUUCUCAGUGGCAGAAGAGGAGAAGGGAGGGGAGACUUCUGGUGCUGUCCUCAGCAAUGGAAACAGUGCCGCAGUCACAGAGACUGCAAUGGAGUCAGAGGCAGGUUGCCUUCUGGGUUUGCUUUCCCCAGAAGGCGGCUUCUGCAGUUUGAACGGCAGCCACAAGGAUGUCAGCUCUGCAGAAAAUGGACUUUGCCUGGCUGCUCAGGAGAAGGGAUCUGGGCAUGCAGCACUUCACCCUGCAGAUGAGAAUGGUUCCACUUUAGGAGGAGGGAGGAGUGAUCUGUCUGGAGAAGAGGAGAGGCAGCAUUUAGCCCCGACCCAAGAGGAGCAGGAGAGGACCCGUCCGUCGUUCCAUGCCACUUCUGACAUGGGCCUGAAGAUGAACCAUAGCCAUGCUGGGUCACACACCACGUACAUGUUCUCCUCUGUGGCCCAAGUUCAGGUGGAGGAAAGCCUUGUUAAAGAGCGGAGGCUCCAGGAGAACAGUAAUGGGCAACCAGGGGUCCCUGGGACCAGCCUGAAAGGCAAAGUCUAUGACUACUACAUUCAGUCCAUCUCCCAGUCGGUCCUGAAGGAAAUGCCUUCCUGCGCCAGCCUGGGUACCCAACCAUUUUCUCAGCUACCUGUGAUCAACAUCCCUGAUGCCUCUGAGGAGCAGUUGGGUCAGGAAUCAGCCCAGACCUCAGCAGCAGAAAAUGACCCUGAGGAUGUUCCAUCUCCCGGUGCUCUUCCUCAUCUUAUCCAGGAUGAGACAAAGCCCCGGCAACCUGGGAGCCAGGAUGGGGCUGCUGUCCAAGAAAAGAGAUCCAAGAAACCUCCAGGACCUGGAGCCUGCAGCUUCAGUCGAAAAGACAGCCUCCAUCAAAUCAUAGACAACCCAGAGCUUCAGGUGCCUAUGGAAGGGUUUGGCUGUCUGGCUUCAGGGUUGUCAGGACUGGACACACCACCUCUCAGCCCCCUCCGUUCCAGCUCUGUUUCUUCACUGGUCGGGUCCAUGCAGAGUCUCCAAAGCGACACGAGUGAGGAACCCACAGUGGAGCUGGUGGCUGGCGCCAAGUUCUUCCACAUCCCGCUCAGCUCAGAGUCCUCCAUUGACAUCCACCUGGACCUGGGGAACUGCUACGAGGUCUUGUGUACGGCCAAGAAGCAGAAGCUGGAGACGCUCCGGGAAGCGGCCUACAAGGUCAUGAGCGACAACUACCUCCAGGUGCUCAGGACCCACGCAAUCUACAGUCGCCUCAGCGGCAUGGAGAGAGACCUGAUCCUGCAGCGGAGGAUGCAGGGGCGGAAGUACGUGACUGUGGCAGACGUCAGCUCUCAGGGCGAGAGCCAGCAUGCGAGCAGGCUCUGCUACUACGACGACCAAAAGGAUACCUGGCACCUGUUGACUCACGUGCCUCUGGAAGUCGUCUCCAAGGGUUGUGCCAUGUGCAGCAUGUUCAAUUACCUCUUUGUGGCCACUGGCUGUGAAGGACGGGGGAGGCGCCAGAAGCCGUCCAACCGGGUUUUCUGCUACAACCCUUUGACCAACAUCUGGCGCGAGAUCUGCCCGCUGAACCAAGCCAGGCCGCACUGCAAGCUGGUUGCCUUGGACGGCUACCUGUACGCCAUUGGUGGGGAGUGCCUCUACACCGUUGAGCGCUACGACCCACGCCUGGACCGCUGGACCUUCGCCGCCCCGCUGCCCAAUGAUACCUUCGCCGUGGCCCACACUGCCACGGCGUGCGAUGGAGAGAUCUACGUCACGGGGGGCACUCUGCGCUACAUGCUGCUGAGAUACGUCGGGCAGACGGAUACGUGGAAGUUCAGCCUCACCGGUGGAAACAAAGACCGGACAACAGAGAUGGUGACCGUCAAUGGGUUCAUCUACCGCUUUGACCUGAACCGGAGUAUGGGCAUCAGUGUCUACCGCUGCGGCGCCAGGGCCAAGCUUUGGUAUGAGUGUGCCACCCACCUCAUGCCCUUCCCGGCCAGCUUCCAGUGUGCUGUCGUCGAGAACCUGGUCUAUUGCAUCGGCCGGCAGUUCAACAUCCGCUUCCUGGCCGAUUAUGUCUCGCCGCGGUUCGGGACCAAGGAGUUACAAACUUUCCCUUCCCCGAGAGGGACCCUUUCGCCCGUGACUCUCGUGCUGCCGGACAGGGAAGUGGUACAGACGAGGGUUUGAGGACACCGAUGGCAGGAACCAUGAGGAGGUGAAGCUGCUUGAUUCCACAGGCCUUGCCGCUGCGCACACACACACACACACACACACACACCACUAGCCAAUUUCCACAAAUCUGUCAAGGGAGAUGGAGCUACAAUCGGGUUGGCAGGAUCUGUUUAUUUUAAGGCACUUAAAUCCUUGUAAAUUUGCAUGCAAAUUAAACGCAGCCUCUGGGGUCUUGGACGGUCGCCAAUACAGGCCUAGUUAGCGCGAAUGUAGGCAAAUGCCGCGGAGCCGGGGCGCCACUAUCCUGCUGCACACCAUCAUUAUCUGUGAUACAAGGGAGGCUUAACCCUAUGGCUGACUCAACUCCCUUCUCCCCUGCUCUCAGCUCUCAAAGUCAUCUUCUGAUUUUGUUUAUGAAUGUAUAGCAAUCUGGGGCGAGUGAGUGAGUGAGGGGAGAGAGAGAUGCAAGGAUAUAAGGAGAGCCUUGCCGGAUAAGACCAAAGGUUCAUCCCACCCAUAUUGAUGUUUUUCAGGGCGCUGUGCCAAAAGGGUCUUCCGUGCUCUGAUUUUAACCGUCCUCUGUCAAUCAUCAAUUAACCACGUGGCGCAUCAUUGAACUGUGGAACUCGCUCCCACAGGAGGCAGGCAUGACCUCCAACCUGGGUAGCUUUAAAAAAGGGAUUAGACAAAUUCAUGGAAGAGGAGAGGGCUCUUGAUAGUUGCUGGCCAUGAUGGCUUGGCUCUGCCUCCACUGUUCAAGGCAGCAAUGCUUCUGGAUCAUGGAUGCUGGGACCACAGGAGGGGAAGGCGCUGUUCUGCUUGAAUCCUGCCUGCGGGUUUUCCAAAGGCAUCUGGUUGGCCGCAGGAUACUGGACUAGAAUGGCCAUUGGCCUGAUCCAGCAGCCUCAUAAUACAUUACA